AUGGCGUCACGGCUAAUUGGCAUAGUCCUCUAUUAUGAUGAUGAUGAUGAUGAUGAUGAUGCACUGGUCCUCGGCAGGGUGGGCGCCGGGGCCCCAGAGGCCUGCACGCGGCCCUGCCCGGCCGCCUGCUCCUGCGGCCUGGGCGAGCGGGGCUGCUGGGUACGCUGCGACCGCGCCGGCCUCCUGCGGGUGCCGCCUGAGUUCCCGGGCCAGGCGGCCUCCAUCGACCUGGACCGCAACGGCCUGCGCUUCCUGGGCGAGCGGGCCUUCGGGACGCUGCCAUCGCUGCGCCGCCUGUCGCUGCGCCACAACAACCUGUCGUUCAUCACGCCCGGCGCCUUCCGGGGCCUGGCGCGCCUGGCCGAGCUGCGCCUGGCGCACAACGGCGACCUGCGCUACCUGCACGCGCGCACCUUCGCGGCCCUGGGCCGCCUGCGCCGCCUCGACCUGGCCGCCUGCCGCCUCUUCUCGCUGCCCGAGCGCCUCCUGGCCGGGCUGCCCGCCCUGCGCGAGCUCGCCGCCCCCGGCAACCUGUUCGGCCGCGUGCCCGGUGCCCUGCGCGGCCUGGCCAACCUGACACACGCGCGCCUGGAGCGCGGCCGCAUCGAGGCGGUGGCCGCGGGAUCGCUGCUGGGCCUGGGCCGCCUGCGCGCGCUCAGCCUGCAAGCCAACCGGGUGGGCACGGUGCACGCCGGCGCCUUCCGCCCCUGCGGGGCCCUGGAGCACCUGCUGCUCAACGACAACCGGCUGGCCGAGCUGCCCGCCGGCGCCUUCCGCGGCCUGGGCCGCCUGCGUGCGCUCCACCUGGGCGGCAAUGCGCUGGGCCGCGUGGCGCGCGCCUGGUUCACCGACCUGGCUGAGCUCGAGCUGCUCUACCUGGACCGCAACCGCAUCGCCUUCGUGGAGGAGGGCGCCUUCCAGAACCUGUCGGGCCUGCUGGCGCUGCACCUCAACGGCAACCGCCUGACCGCGCUGGCCUGGGCCGCCUUCCAGCCUGGCUUCUUCCUGGGCCGCCUCUUUCUCUUCCGCAACCCCUGGCGCUGCGACUGCCGCCUGGAGUGGCUGCGGGCUUGGAUGGAGGGCUCCGGGCGUGUGGCCGAGGUGCCCUGUGCGUCCCCGGGCUCCGUGGCCGGCCUGGACCUCAGCCGCGUGGCCUUCGGCCGCGCCUCUGAUGGGCUCUGCGUGGACCCGGAGGAACUGAACCUCAGCGCGUCCAGCGCAGGCCCGUCCCCGGAGCCUGUGGCCACCACUGUGAGCAGGUUCAGCAGCCUCCUCUCCAAGCUGCUGGCCCCGAGGGCCCCAGUGGAGGAGGCGGCCAACACCACCAUGGGGCUAGUCAAUGCCUCGCUGGCCCUUCCCUCGAGGGCGGUGGGAGGCUCAGGCCGCAGCACCCAGUUUCUCCUGGGCUCCAGUCUCCUGCUCAGCGCGGCCCAGCACAUGCUGUUUGUCCUACAGACAUCCGGAGCCUGCCACCCUGGGGUGGCCCAGACUGGCUUGGCCAGUGGCGGAUAA